UUGUACCCAAGUGACCUACAGUACAGUACCAGCGGGUAAAGUAAACAAUGAUCUUUCUAUAAGAUACAAUAAGUUCUAAUGGCACAGAAAACAUUUCGAGGAGCGCCCUUUGGAACACAGACAGCGAGAUUCGACGUGUCUGGAGUGUACCCCGACAAGAAGAAGAUCGGAACAUACACCGAGGUACCCUACUGUAAAACAGCAACCAGUGAGUUGGUGAGGAGACGCGGCCCUGGUAACUACAAUGCGGACACUGGUAACUUCAGCCCAGCCGCGGUGUUGCGGCGUGCUGGCGGGCCGGGGUGGAAGAGAGCGCAGGAGACGUUGAGGGAGACGCAGCUCCCACACGUUCUGUACAGAGAUUUGUGGGAGAGAAAGAGGAUCCUGAAAAGAAAGCUGGGUCCUGCAAGCUACAAGAUGAAAGAUUUCAUUGAGCUUCGCGAGGAAAGACCUGCAAGCGUCCUGGGGGUGUGCGAAUCCAGAGAGAGAAGAUUCAGAAGCAUCACUGCGGAGAGCUGCACUCCGGGUCCCGGAACCUACGGGAAAGGAGGCAUCCCCUCCGCCUCGCUGGAGGAGAGGCAGAGGCAAUCACCAGGGGCCCUCGGGUCAAUGGACUUCAAUCCCAGCUCUGAGCGAUCUCUGCAAACCUCAGAGUGUGUCCCAGGGCCAGGCACCUACAAGGUAAAGGAUUCACUGCAGGAGCUGCUGAAUCGCACAGUCAGCAAGAGAGGACCCUAUGACGUGUUCACAGGGCCGCGCAGCAGACAUGCCUCUACUGGACAUUAUGUGGUGUUGAAAACUACCAACCUGGGCCCGGGUCAGUACGAGAUCAAGUCUUUUGUGGAAAAUUUGCAGAGCAAAGAGAAGAAAAAGAGUGGGGAGUUCAGCUCUCUCUUGCAGUACCCCUCCACUCCAACAGAGCGCGUCGGCUGCAGCACCCUCUCUCACUGCCCUCGCCCCGCAUGUUUCCCAGGACCGGGCUGGUACAAUACUAGCCCUGCUCCGAGACCACAGACCACAUACCCGGCUCCCUUCCUCUGCUCCUCCCGACGCACGGACACUAAAGUGAAGAAUCUGAACCCAGGUCCAGGCCGCUACAACAUCCUUGAGAGUGACAGGAGCAGGACAGCCAUGGGGCACAGGUCUGCCUUCAAGUCUGAGAGCAAGCGCUACCUCAGCAACCUUGGAAGAGACUUUUACAUGAAAGAGCGUUUACGAGCCCUGAAUCUUCCAGCAGACAGGAGAACGUUUCUAAUCCCCCCGGAGAGGCUGUAUGAAAUGAAAACCUUGAACUCUAUUGCCACAGCCUAGUCACUCCCUGCCCCUGGGCUUGACCAUCGUGCCCAUCAGAAAGUCACCAGAACUGUUAAACACAAGACUCAAGAACAACAGUCAACACACAUACGCAUUUGUAUACAGUGUUGUUAUUCAGUGUAGGUGUCUGUUUUACAGUUGAUAAUGUGUUCACGGUAUUGGGAAUGAUAAGAGCUACAGUAGUACCAUGUUUGGAUUAGGUAUAUCGGUUAGAUUGGCUGGUAAUUGAAAGGUGUCAUUUGGUGAGCCGCACACGUUCCCCUUAUGAACAGGACCAGGUCGUCAUUUUUCAAGUGACAAGUUUCCAGUACUAAAAGGUUAGACAAGGACUUAAACAAAAAACAAACAAAAAAAAAAAAAAAACCACAAUACAAUAAACUUGCAGAAUUAAUUUAUUUGUCACCAAACCAUAAAUAAACAUGAACCGUUCACAUGAAAAAUGUGAUUGGAGCACAAAGAACAACAGCCCAAGUCCAAAGUCAAGAACAUGGCCAUCUGCAGCAGAAUGCAACACAGGUAAGAUAUAAACUACAACAUGUACAUUUAGAAUUCAUUCGUCCACAUGUAAAUACAUGAGAAAUCAACCCCCCCCCCCCAUGUUCAAAGCGUUUCUCACAAAUAGAAACAUCUCACCUGAAUCAAUACAUACACUGCUACUUCAUAGGCCAGGUUGGGUUCUGUUUUUGUGUGUGACCUUUCAUAUGAUAAACAAUCAUUGGUAUAACUUGUAUUGCACUUUUGUUACAAAACACACAAUUCAUAAGUGUGUGUGUUUACUGUAGAAGGGACACGUUACUACACAGAAUCUGAAAGUUAACAGGGUAAAGAAAAAUACAGAGACAGUAAACCAGCAGAUCGCUUUCAUAACCCCAUUACAGAAAGAUUAAACACAAUAUCACAUGAGCUAGGAAUGAAUGCCUCUUUCAU